UAUGUUUCCAGUUCCAUGCUUUUCAAACACAAAUAGGAUUUUGCUACGUACGUCGUAAAAUUUGAUUGAAACUAAAGAAGGGGAGGGAAAAGAAAACAGGCAGGGAACUAGAAAAAUUAAACAAAGAAAUGAAGGAAGGAUUAAAGUAGAUAGUGCGUGCUGAUGUGUUAUGUAUUAAUGAAUACUAAUGCGUACUAAUGCUUAAUAGUUUCUAUUGCAACCUGUUUUUCCGGGUGCCCGUAAACGAUAAUCUAUAUGUGAAAAGUUAAUAGGGAUACAAAACAACCUUAUAGUAGAAGAUUUUCGCGAAAAAUCUUUCCAGCCACGGUUACAAAGCAAUGAGUGAGAUUGUAUUAUUUUAGUUUUUUAAGUAAACGUGGAUUUUUAGAAUGGCUUCUAAUAUGCAGUCUUUCCCGCGAAUCCUGAAAAUGUUGCGGGAAAACAGCAAUAUUAAGGAUAAACGCGAAGCUUUAACCUAUAUUCGCAGCAACAGCAAAAAAUUGGAAUCAACAAAAGCCAUUAAAGAGGAACAAUACAAAGAAAUCUGUAAACUAGUGAUCGAUGCAUUUGCAAACGGAAAUAUUGACAUACAGAAUGAGGCAUUUGAAACGUUAAAUAUUAUUAUUCGGGACUUCAAAUAUCAUCCUUUAUGUUUAUUUGAAUCAGUAGUGCAAAUGGAUCAUAAAAAUAAAUUAAAAAUUUUUAAAUUAUUAAAUGUAAUUCAGGACAAUACUAUGUUAACGGUUGCUUACGAUGCACAUACUGUAAACUUUUUUAACAAUUGUAUGUGUACAGUACAAAUGAAUAAAAUGCCAUGGAUGGCGCCUACUGCAUGUGUAGAUAAUCUUCAAGCAUUGAUAGAAGCUGAAAGUAGACCAUUAUCGGAUGACCAAAGAUUAGAGGAAGAAAUUAUUAAUAAUUGUAUGAGUUUAUUGACAAGAUUAUACAAAGUGGCUGCAAUGACAUCAGAUAUUAAAGUUCAAAGGUUUAAUGCGCUCUUAUUAGAUAAAGUAAUGAUGUUAGCUUAUAUGGGCUACAAACGACAACGGGUUCCUGCUUUACAAGUUUUAGAACAAGCACUUGCCACAGAUAUAUUAUCACAUAUUCGUACUAAACUACCGAUCGCAUGGACUCAAUAUAAAGCAGCAUUACAAUCUAUGUAUUGCAAACGCAUGUUACUUUUGGUAUCUAUGUGCGAGGUAGACUGGGCUUUGCAAUGGAAUGUUACUAUUCAGUUUCUUGGCAUGGAUCUCCAUCGCGGUGCCGGUUUAAUAAAUAAUUUAUUGAGUGUCGAAGAAAAAGCGUUCAAGUCCACCGACACGAUUAUCCGCAGACAAGCGUUUCUGUCGUGGAAGUUAUUGGUGGAUAAUUUUGCUUUAGACCCGCAAGAACUCGCUACUGCUAGACGGAUAAAGUUGUUGUGUAUCCCACUAAAUGCUAAAAAUUGUAAAAACGAAUUGAUAGCUUUGACUAAAUUAGAAGUUUGGUGGCACGUAAUUAUAAAACUUUAUAAGGACAUUAACAAAUUUGUAAAUCCCGUGAUCACGCAGUUCUUAAACUUUUGUUUUGGACCGCUUGGAGAUACACCGUUAUUAUCUUCAAAAUUCGACAUAGUAGCUUCGCCGGGAAAAAGAUUUUUUAAGACGAAAGUCGUUGCCGUGGAUGCUUUGUGUCAACUUCUUGUUACAAAACAAGAGAACACUGUCUUAUUUCCAGUUUUGGAAGAGAGACUUCCACAUUCUAUAUCCGAUGCUGUUUUCCAAGAAUGUUAUAAAGCUGUUAUUCACAGUGUAGGGGAAGCUUUGCUUGUUCUUAGUCAACUUACAGACGCGGAAAUGAAAAAUAGAUACCAGCUUGGUAAAAUGUUAUGGACAAGCUUAGUCAAUUACGUACAAGAAACAAAAAUGGAAAAAAAGGAGCUUACAUAUAAAAGUAUGAUACAAGUUAUCACAGAAUUGUCAAAUUAUGCUAUGGACAAACCGAUGAUAAGAAAUUUAUUUCUUAACAUAAUUUUAUUUGAAGUUGCUGAUUUCAGUAAGAAUUUCAGUUUUCAAGACGAUAUGUUAUCAAGAUUGGUAUUAAAAUUUUUACAAAUUCCAUUAUUAAUUGAUUUUAAGAAGAACCAUUACAGUGCAUUGAAGUCUCUAUUUUCGCAAUGCAUUAAAUCCCCCAAAAAGAAUGAAUAUUACACGCAUUCAUUUCAAUGUUUAAAAGAAAUAUAUGAAAUAUUAUAUGCCUUAUCAGAAACUGAACAUACAAAUCAAAUUGUUAUUUUUGAAUUAUGGCGUAUUUUAGCAGAAGUGCUAAUACAAUAUAUGGAUGAUCUGCAAGAAAUAAACGAAGGCAGUGCUACGGAACAUAAUUUGAAGACUAUUAAUUCAGUUGUAAUUCAUCCAUUUAUGUAUAUAGAGUUCGAGGAUCAGAAACAGGUGCAAGAAUUAGUAAAUGUUUGGAAACGUUUAUAUAAACAAUUUGAAAUGCGAACAGACCUCAUGGAAACUGUAAAAAUUAAUGAAAUUAUAUUAAAUAUUGCCGGGGACAUGCUAUGUUGUUUGGUGAAAAAUGAGAAAUGUUUUCAUCUUCUUAUAAACUGUUUAGAUACUUUGUUAAGUAUUGUCAACUAUAAAUUUCUACUGGGAAAUGCAGAAGUUCCAUCUAUUAUACAUCUUAUCAUGAAACUCAUACCUUACGCUUUAUCUAGUAAAAAUGUAACAGAAUGUGAAUUAGUCCUUAAAUCAUUUUCCGCGGUACUUAGUACAAUUUAUGGUCAAAGCCCUCACAAAGUAAUAUCAUAUUUACACGUUUGGAAACCAGUUAUUGAACUCAUACUUUCAUCCGAAUUAGAAACAUUAUUUAAAGAGAUAGAAACUACAUGGGAGGUUAUUAUUAGUAUUUUUAAAGGUCUUAAUAAGUUGGUUGACUACGAUCUUAUUUCAUCUUACAAGAAAGUUAUGAUUCAAGCUUUAAAUCAUUCAAAUGUCGGCAUACAAACUCAAACGUUGUCUCUUUUUGAAAUAGAAGAUGAGUUAAGUAGUAAUGCUAAAUCAGUAUUGGAAGAAAUAAAAAAGAACACGAGCAAAGGUAAAAUACCGACCAAGCCCAACAUUAGUAAGAAGAAAGAACCUGCCAGGAACUUACCAAAUCAAGUAAAAAUAGUUGGUAGUUUCUUAACUAGAGACUCUAGUAAUCCAAAAUUUAUAUUUAAAGAAAGCGAUAAAAUAUUGCCUGAGCCUGAUUCCGAGGACUAUGUUUUGAUUAAGACCGACGUAACAUUCGACGUUUCUCGUUUGACCGAGCACCAGAAAGAAUCAUUGAAGCGUAAAAGAGAAGAUAUUCCAGCAUUGUAUAACGAUCUGUCGCAGUCUUGUUCCCAAGAUACUCAGAAUUUGCAGGAAUGGUUUGAUAAAAAGAAUCAAACCUUCGAGGUAACCGAUAAAACAAUUGUCAAGGACAGCGUUUCGAUAAAAGACUAUCCGAACGACGAUGCUAACAAGGAGAACACGAUCGACAUAAAAACAGAAAUAAUCGAGAACGAUCCGAAGCUGACGGAGAGUAGCGGACAGACCGUGUCGUUGGAGGCUGUACAAAAUUCGAAAAGUGAUAUAGAAAAUAAUGAAAAUUUGCUCGCUGAGAGUAUGAUAAAAGUAGAAAAAAGUUGCACGGACGUGGAAGUAGACCCAUUGUCGGAUACCGCGAUAAACGACUUGACUCUUGACUCUCAGGAACAGUUUCCAGCGAACGUAAGUAACGACGAAAGACUAUCUCCGUCCGUGUUGGACAACGGUAAACGACGUAAUCGUAAUUGUAUCGUAAUACGACCUGUUAUUUUGACGAACUCGGAGGAGAUUGUUAGCAGCGUACCAGGACAGUCGAACAGCUCUUCGGGCUUGCAGAGAACGUUGAGAACAAAAAUACCACAAAGUAAACCGAAUAUGAUCAACGAACAGAAAACGUCGGAUAAUACGGAAAGCAAAUUGGUCGAGGCGGGUAAAAAAGGCGUGAAACGUAAGUCACAAUCGGAUAGCGAAAACGAAGGGACCAGCCAACGUCAACGAAGGAAAACCAGCUCGUUGGAGACUGCCAGCGACAGCGACAGCUCUAAGUCCACGGAAAGCGACAAUACAAUGGCACCGCACUUGGAAGGAAUAAUCGGUGGUGAGAAUCUGCCCAAGCGUACCAAAAAUGAGAUAUCUCGAUUGCGUAUAAAUAUGAUAUUCGACAGUCCUUUACCAAAUAGUCGUCGAUCCAAGGGAGGUUACGAUGAUCAUAGAGACUAUACUUUUAAAAGGCAUUCGCCCGAUUACAGAGCUACCAAGUCGAGGUGCACUCAAAGGACCAACGACAAAGAGUUGAACGCCAUGAGCAAACGAGGCAAAACGUCAAAGGUGAAGAUAAAGACGGACAAAAGUAACGAGCCGAUUAAAACUAAAGAUACGAAAGAACUGGAAGAGGAGACGAAACAGGAAGAAAAUGUUCAGACAGCGGUUGGCUCGAAAAGCACGCCGGAUGCUAAAUGCGACACGCGUUAUGCUAAAAAAUAUGGUAAAAGUGGUAAAGCUGUAUCAUGCAAUGAUGUACAGAAUAAAGACAGCGGUUCGAGCGAAAGUAUCAGCAAGAGCCAAGAUGAGGAACGACCAGAGACUCAAGACGACACGCAAAACAUUAUAGUGAGCUCUCAAGAAAUAUCGAAAUUAGAAAAGAAGUGUACCGAGAAACAGUGUUUCAUCAAAAUAAAUAAAAUCGGCGAUAUACGCCAAACAACGAAAUCUCAAGAAAUCGCGGUCGAACCCGAGGGAACAAACGAAAUUGCUUUAAACAAUUGUGAUAACGACAAUAACGAGGUUUUUAAAGAUAACAUCGAGGAAUUUGAUGAAACGAACGAAACGAAUACUAACAAACCAAAGAUUUUGAUUUCUGAAAGCAGUCUAUGCGAUAAUGAUACGGGCGAGGCCGUGUUUGAAGUACAAAAAGGAAACGAGGGAUCAUCGGGUAAAUCUGUCCUUGGGUUUAUGUCGCCAAAAAGUAGUAUGAAGCCUAAUUUAAAACUUAAAACGUAUUCGACGCAAUGCCGUGCAGCGCACAUGUUAGGGUUAGUAAUAAAACAGGCUAAAAUGGAAACCGAAUGUCAUACCGCGGGUACAGAGGAUGAAUCUGCAGUUAAAAAAGCGAAACUGAAAGACACGGACAGCGGCGAGGCGACGGUGAUUGGGAAAAAGGAAAGAGCGCCUAUCUUCAAGGAGGCUGACAAGGUAACAGCAUCGUGCAGCAGUCGGCAGGAGAAAAUCUUCAGUAAUAUGAGAUCGUCCGAGUAUUGUUUGUCGCCUCCGAUCAAACUGUUUUCCAAUUUGAAAAACGACGGUGAGAAGAUCUUUACGAAAACGGACAAAUCGAUGAAUUGCGUGUUUGUACAAACCGACGAGCAGGUUGAAAGUCCGAACGAGGAAUCUAUGAUGGACGAGUUGCCGAUGUUAGAAUUGUCGGGUGUGAAUCCACAUUCUUUAACGACAUCACCCAGCGUUAGCAUUCUUAAACGUCAACGUCAGUCUGGUCCAGAACUCGAGGCAGAAGCUAAAACUCCCAAGAGAAAACGAGUAAGUUUCGCAGAUCCACCGGUUUCGAAAGAAAUGGGAUAUAAUACUACGACCAGCGAGUCUCCGCAUAAAAAUAAAUUUGUUCCACGAUUGUUGGGACGCAGAGAUUCGCCAUUAAGAUUGAGACAGAUAAGACAGAAAUUGAUACGUUUUGACGCGGAGAAAAUGGACAAAGAAGAUGAAGCGGACAUAAAUUCAUCGGAAAUUGACUUGCAAUGUGAAAGAGAAAACGAAUUAUUAACGAAAUUAGCCGAAGAAUUAGAAUAUUCGGAGAACAUUCCGAUAGACACUGAUAUUCAAGGAUCAUGUACUUCCGUUGAAACAACAAACAUAGGUUUUACGGACGCCAGUGAGUGUAAUAAAAUCGAAAUUGAAAAUUUUGGCGUUGAAUAUGAAGUUACUCAGGACACGACUUUUUCUAAACGUACAGACAUUUCGUUUACAGAUAAAGUAGAUCAUGGUAAAAAAGACGAAGCGUUGAAAAAUGCGAAUAGCUCUAUCGCUGAUAGAGAAACUACUGAAUUUGACGAGUCCCAAACGCAAGAUAUAUUUAACGCAAAAGAUUCAACGAACCAUAUUGAUAAUAUUGAAUUUACAGAAACCUCGACCAAUAGUAACGUAAAUGGCGUGGAAAACACGUCAAUUCAAAUUAAUUCAAUGGACACUGUAAAACUCAAUAUUACAAACGAUUCCAUUAUAAAUAAUUCAUCUAACAAGCAUACGAAUUCUGAGAUCUUGGAGGAUACUGUGGAAGUGGACAACGUCAAUAGCCUGAACUCCUCGGACGAAAUUUUCUGUGGAAAAUUAAUACGAACUAGUACACAAGCGGUUGAAAGUUCGGAAGAACAGGAUACUAUAUCAGUUACAGAUUCAGUCUUUGGAAGUUUACCAUUGAGUCAAGACAGUCAAAAUACAAACGAAUCGGAUGUAGAAAUUCCUCAUCCGGAGUCGUUGGAUUUCAGUCAACCCAUAUAUCCAAAAUUAACUUCGUGCACGGAACCUCUGAGCUCUAUCAUCGAACAGUUAACUAAUCCACUAUGGGUGCGAAAUUUAUCAACAUAUUUUGAAAGUAGAAAGCUUCAAACUAUCGGUGAUCUUGCGCAGUUAUCCGAACGCGAAGUAAACAGAAUUCCUGUAAAAAGUCAGUCAAAAAGUGAAUUUGUAAAAAGUGUUUUAAAGCGUUUUGAAAAGACAUAUUUUGUAAAAGACGCAAGUAGUGUAACUCUAUGCCUGAACGAUGCUUUGAAUAAUAAAGCAUUUUCUGUUGUAAAUACCAAUGUACCUGCACAGACGGAAUCUGUAACAACGCAAACCGAAUUGACAAAUAUUGCGACUAAUAACGAUGCAUCAAAGACGUCGAAAAUUGUACCGGAAUCCACCACGGGCGAUUCUACGAAAGCAGCUGUAUUGUUGUGCGCAACAACAUCUGAACCUCUUCUAGAAACAAAGUCAAAUGGGCAAUCACCACAAAUAUCAAACGCAUCGCUAUCAUUUAUGGUAAUUCCCAUCGCACCAGAAGAUGGAAGUUUCAAUUCUAAUAUGAAUGCAAAGUCUAUGCAUUCGUUAAAAUCUGUUGGUACAUGCACUAGCACUGAUACUGUUUAUCAUCCGGAGGACAUGCCGCCCAGAGCUAAACCUACAAAGUCUGUCGCAUCUCAAAUGGCUUUGGAAGAUCUUCUGGAUGAAAUAGAUGUUAAUUUGGUAUUGGAAAGUGCAGUCAGAAGAUCUUCCCCAGAGAAAAUUCUUUCCCAAUACAAGAACAAACUAAUGAUGGUUCCUCAAGUGGAUUUGGAGAGGGAAACUAUGAGAAUGCUUGGCGCCGAGAGCACGAAGAAUUACAAUGAAGUGACAUUGAAGGCCUCUUGCCGCGCGUGUGGAGUUAACAAAGUUCUACUGCGACUUCCAGACAUUUUCAGUUCCGACAAACAAUUCUUCGUGAAAGUAUUAAACGCAUAUCGGAAGAAAAUACAGACCAGCGAUUGUUUGAACAUACUUGAGUUCGCGGAAAUCAAGGAUGCCGUUUGCCAGAAAUGUACGUCGUCGGAACUCGCUGAAAUGCUGUCGACAAAGCUGAAAGAAGAGGAACAAGAGGGAAUAAGAAAGCCCAUGACGGAACUGUCAAGCUUGGACGCUAUGUUGAAAAGAAUGCCGAUGGACGUAAUUAUCAGCCAUACAGUGGCGAACGAUGAACUUAUUCCGUCGCGUGUUGUUUUAGAAAUAGCUUUACAGAACAAUAGCCCGAGCGAUAUAGUACAGGCAUUAGAAUCUCAGUCGCCGGUGGUUACGAAAAACGUUUUCGAUAAACUUUGGUCUUCCCAGUUCGCAGUUAAACACAUCGAGGAAUCGAAUAAAUCUAACGAAGAAUUGCUGAAAAUUUUCAAGGCUGUCAGCUCGAGGCUCAGCCAGCAAGAGCUACUGAAAGCAUUUUCCGAAUCCAUGAACGAGAAAAUAAUGGUAAAAGAGGAGAACGACUAAAAUGUAAAUGUCUGUAUAGAUCGUAUUAUGAUCCAUGUGUCUGACUGAUAUUUAUUAUUAAUAUUAACUAUAAUCAAAGUUCAGUUUUCUUUCAAUGAUACCCUACAUGAUAUUCACGUAUAUUAUACACGUAACAUUUUGUAGUUUUUUAACUAAAUUUCAAGAUGAAUAUUUUACGAAAGUGGUAUUAUAUUACAGUAUGACGUUAAUUUUCGCAGGCUUCCAGUAGAAUAUCGAACGUAUCUAGUAAGAGG